AUGUCACUCAAGGCCGCAGCCAAAGAGCGUCUGCUAUGGGCGAUACGGCAGGUCGUCGUGCCGUUUGGACGUGUUGUUCUGUUGGUUGACCAGCGCAGUCUACGCGUCGUAUCAGCGUGCUGCACGGUUAGCGAACUUCUAGAUGAGGGAGUCGACCUCGUCGAACUCAUCACUAAGAGGCGGCAGCCCAUGAAAAACAGGGUAGCGGUCUACCUGCUCAGCGAAGACAUAGGAUCUGUCGACUACUUCCUUGAUGACUUCGAAGAGGGCUCAGAAAUAUACAAGUCGGCGUUUUUAGUGUUCAAUUGCCACCUCGAGGACGACCGUGCGCUGCGCAAGAUCGCGGAAGAGGUGGACACAGAACGGGUGCUAGGAUGCGUCGAGCUCCAUCUCAACUUCAUCGCAUACGAGGAACGUAUCUUCCACGGUAACAUGGGAUUUACGUUGCUCAACCUCUACCCAACCCACAUAGGCAGCAUCGCAAAAUCCAUCGCCUCGAGGUUGGCAUCACUCUGCUCAGUGCUCGGAAGCAUGCCGCAAAUCAGGUACCACGCAGUGGCGAGCGGACUUCCGCAGCUCGUCGCAAAGGCCACGUCUGAGCUUAUCAUGGCUACCGCCGGUGAGGUGACACGUAAGCCGGGCGACGUGUUGCUUGUGCUUGAUCGGUCCAUAGACCCUGUGCCGUUGCACAUCCACGAAUAUACGUACCAGGCAUUUGUGUACGACGUCUUGCGCAUACCCUGUUGUAGCGACCCUGUAGAGCAGAGAAAGGACGACAUCUGGGAGUUCGAUUACGUUGCCACCUCCGGGAAACGCGAAAAACGCGGAGUUAUGUUAUCCGGCCAGACGGACGUGCUCUGGAAGCGAUUCAAGCAUCUGCACAUUCAGAAGGUCAAUGAGGUGGUAUCGGAGGAAAUCGAGAAAUUUGCUGGUGAAGCCGCCAACGGCACAUUACACAAUGCCAAAGGCACGCACGAAGUGUUGAAAGCUGUGAGAGAACUUCCGAAGACAAGGUAUUUAGUGGAAAAGUACUACGCACACAUUACACUGACGGAACGUUCGUUCGAGCAACUUGAGGCCAAGAAGCUGGUUAAGGUCGGGGAACUCGAACAGGACCUCGCCACCAAUGUCGAUCAUCAUGGCAAUAAACUGAGCCACUCCAAGGCGCUCCAACAACUCAAUACUUUUCUCGAGGAUGUAGGAAUCGACGAUGAAACCAAGAUAAGGCUCAUCUUGCUGUACGUUUCGGUUUACCGAAACGUUACGCAAACCCAUAUUUCCGAACUACUGCGAACUGCCCACCUUUCGAAUCUCGACGCAACCGUCGUUGAAAAAUUCGUAGAACUGGGUAUAGCUUCGGUGUUCACUCCUUCCGGGGCAGCUGUUUCACCCCGGUCUGCAGGAUCGAAUAAGAUAUCCCACCGGCUGCACGACAAAUGCGACGCACAUACGUACUACAAAAAGCACGGCAAUGGGGGAGAGUACGAACUGUCACGAUACCAGCCCGAUAUCAUGCACGUCAUAGGACGGGUUAUCUCCGGUACGCUCGAAGAUGAGAAGUUCCCAAGCGUGCAGACGGAAGCUGCCAAUAAACAGCAAGAUCCAAGAGGCGGGCGCAUCAUGGUGUAUAUCAUAGGUGGAAUAACAUUUUCGGAGAUGAGAACCGUCCACGACAUGGCCGAAAAGAUGCAGGCAGAUGUCUACCUUGGGGGAGAUUCCAUCCUUGUUCCAAGUGACGUCCUAGAGAACAUGAAACACGCAUUCUCUGCCGUGGAGAAAACGUAG